AUGGGCAUGAACCCCUUCUUCGGCGGCCAGCCAUUCCUACCACAAAACAUGAUAUCGCCUGCCUUCGGCUUCGGUGGUAUGGGCGGCUUCGGAAAUGGAGGAGGUCUCCAGGGCUGGGGCGGCGGUCUUGGUGGCGGCUUCGGCGGUGGCGGUCAAUAUGACGUUUACGACAUGGUCGCGCUCGGCCUCUGGGAUGCGUAUGACCUGGAAGAAUAUCUCGAGCAAAUGUCCCAGGAGGCGUCGAUGCAAGGCAUUCAGAUUGGGGCCGACAUGCAGCAGUAUCGGGACCUGGUGCAGAUGGCGCGACAGCAGCAGCAGCAGCAGCAGCAAGUGAAUGUCUUCAUGCCGGGUGGUGGCCACGGCCGCGGGCAAGGAAGGGCACGGGAUCAGAGGUACUGGAAACAGCUUGCCAGGGGCGGAGGAGGAGGCGGUAUGUGGGGUGGAAUGGGCGGAGGUUGGCGGGGCGGAUGGGGAGGCGGAUGGGGAGGAAACGGUCCGAGGAGAGGGAUGGGUUGGAAUGGCGUGAAUCGUCCUGGCCAACUCCGGGUGACGGGCUCGCCUUCGCCGUACAACGUCCCGUUCAAUCUGCGGUUGACGAGGAACACUUGA